AUGGCCAACUAUGCUCAAGUGCCCUCUACUGCAAAGGUUCAGCCUAAACCUUUCAAGGUGGAAAUCGAUGCCAAUGACAUUCAAUCCAUGAAACAUCUGAUCACCCAUUCAAAGAUUGGUCCCGCAACAUAUGAGAAUCAGCAAACAGACCGUCGCUUCGGUAUGAACAGAGACUGGCUCAUCAAAGCCAAGAAACACUGGGAAACCACUCAUGACUGGAGAAGAUGCGAAAACCACAUCAACUCAUUCCCAAACUUUACAAUCCCGGUUACUGAUCCCGAUGGCUCGGACUUCUCCAUCCACUUCCUGGCUCUGUUCUCUACGUCUCCCAAUGCUAUCCCUAUCGCCUUUUUCCACGGCUGGCCAGGCAGUGUCCUAGAAUUCUUGUCUAUGCUUGACUUGAUCAAGAAACAAUAUCCAGAUCCUUCGAGCUUGCCUUACCACAUCAUCGUGCCCUCGCUUCCUGGCUAUGCGUUUUCCUCUGCUCCUCCAACAGACAGAGAUUUCAAAUGCGAACAUAUCGCACCAGUCAUGGAUGCAGUCAUGCAAGCUCUGGGUUUUGGAGACGGAUAUAUCGCUCAAGGCGGCGACCUCGGCAGUUUCAUUUCUCGGCAAUUAGGCGUGGAAUCCGCCUCUUGCAAAGCCUUCCAUCAAAACCUCUACAACCUACCUCCCCCAGCUAACGCAGACUCCCUGCCCAUCUCUGAAAUCGAGAAAAAAGGUCUGGAAAGAGGAAAAGCAUUUAGAGAUUCUGGAAGUGCUUAUGCUAGAGAGCACGGCACUAGAACUGCUACUAUCGGGUUGACGCUGAGUUCCUCACCUUUGGCUCUGUUGUCUUGGAUUGGAGAGAAGUUUUUGGAAUGGACGGAUGAGGAUCCGAGUGUUGAUGAGAUAUUGGAUUCGGUGUCGUUGUAUUGGUUGACGGAGACUUAUGCCAGAUGCAUCUAUCCCUAUAGAUCGGUAAGCCUUUCUACACCACGCUUUGCAAAGGCCUCCAACAAGCCCCAAGGUUAUUCCUACUUCCCUCAGGAGCUCUAUCCUACACCAGUGUCUUGGGUCAAGGAGGGUGGCAACUUUGUCCAUACCGCUAGUCAUGAGCGAGGAGGCCAUUUUGCUGCUAUGGAGAAACCUGCAGACCUUUGGGGUGAUGUGGAGGCGUUUGUGGAAAGGGCUUGGGUCAAGAAGGAUGGUGGAAGUAAGAUCUAG